AAUACUAAAUAAAAGAGUAGAGCUUUUCAAGAUAAGCGUCUUAUGCAUCAUUCAGCUUAAGAGAGAGAGCUUCUGUUAUAACUUUCUUAACAAAAUGUAUCUAUUGAAUAUAGUCCUUAUUGGAGUUGUUGUCGGUCUAGCGUCCUGUGAUAUCGAUUGUUUUACUAAAGAAUCGAGUUCCUGUGGCACAAAUGACAUAAAUGACGUCAGCUCACUCCUUGGUAAUUACUGCAACACGAUGCCUCCUUACAUUGAAUGUCUGUACAAAGCUGCCAACAAAUGUAACAUUUUUCAGAAGUUGAUUAAAAAUUGGCUUGAUAAUGCAAAAGAUGCUUGCACCAACGGAACUAAAUUAAAUAAAGAUCUGGAAACAAACUUUGAAUGUAUUAGUGAAGCUGCCAAAAACGCAGAUUGCUUCAACGACAUAAGCCACCAUCCGGACCAAGGUGACGAACAACAAAAAGAAAACCACCUAGUUUGCCAGGUAUUUGAAGAAAUGACAAUUUGCUUGUAUGGACAAAUAGAACAGGAUUGUGGUAGAACAGCUAAAGAUUCUUUCUAUGCCAUAUAUGAACCUAUGAAUCAAUACUUCUUAAAACUCUGCUAUCUGUAAAACAUCCAUUUUAUCUUCAAACGCAAUUUAUAGAAGUAUAAAAUAUUUGACACAAAAACAAAAUUCUGUAUUUUAAUGAUGUUUAAAAGAAAUAUCUUGUCCAUUCCAUUUUCCGCACUCAAAAGAAUUUUUAGGAAUG